CCACUCUGUUUUCCCAACGAAACGGAACACUACAAUUCGACAACAGUUCGGCUUUUCUUUUUGCACUAUUUCGGAUAAAUAUGGUUUAGGCCAGACGGAGCAAUAACUAAGAUGGAAUACGAAUCUUCCGAAAUCAGUGAUAUAACCACAGGAAGCUGCAAGAAAAGGCUCACAUUUCUGAAAUGUAUUCUAAGCGACACCACAAGCGAUCAAAAAUGGGCGGCCGAGUUCGGCGAGGACACGGAAGGACAUCAGUUUUCGUUGGACUAUCUGCUGGACACCUUCAUCGUUCUCUAUGACGAGUGCAGCAACUCCUCCCUGCGCAGGGAGAAGGGCGUCUCUGAUUUCCUCAAACUAUCCAAACCCUUCGUGCACAUAGUGCGAAAGCUUCGACUAAGCCGAGAUGACUUUGACAUACUCAAGAUCAUCGGACGCGGUGCCUUUGGAGAAGUGUGCGUGGUUCAGAUGAUAUCCACCGAAAAGGUGUAUGCCAUGAAGAUUCUGAACAAGUGGGAGAUGCUGAAGAGGGCCGAGACGGCCUGCUUCCGCGAGGAGCGGGAUGUGUUGGUUUUCGGCGACCGGCAGUGGAUCACCAACCUUCACUAUGCCUUUCAAGACAAUAUUAACCUGUAUCUGGUGAUGGACUAUUACUGCGGCGGAGACCUGCUUACAUUGCUCAGCAAAUUCGAGGACAAGCUGCCCGAGGACAUGGCCAAGUUCUACAUCACAGAGAUGAUCCUGGCAAUCAAUAGUAUUCACCAGAUUAGGUACGUUCACAGGGACAUCAAGCCGGAUAAUGUACUGCUCGAUAAGCGCGGUCACGUGCGCCUGGCUGACUUUGGAUCCUGCCUGCGCCUGGACAAGGAUGGCACCGUACAGUCCAACGUGGCCGUGGGCACACCCGACUACAUUUCCCCGGAAAUUUUGAGGGCCAUGGAGGACGGAAAGGGACGCUACGGCACGGAGUGUGAUUGGUGGUCACUCGGAGUGUGCAUGUACGAGAUGCUCUACGGAGAGACGCCCUUCUACGCAGAAAGUUUGGUGGAAACCUAUGGCAAGAUCAUGAACCACCAAAACUGUUUCAACUUACCGUCACAAGAAACCCUAAAUUACAAGGUAUCGGAGACGUCUCAGGACUUGCUCUGCAAACUGAUAUGUAUUCCCGAGAACCGACUUGGUCAGAACGGCAUCCAAGACUUCAUGGACCACCCCUGGUUUGUGGGCAUCGACUGGAAGAACAUAAGGCAGGGACCAGCACCGUAUGUGCCGGAAGUGUCCAGUCCAACAGAUACCUCCAACUUCGAUGUGGACGACAAUGACGUCCGGUUAACGGACUCCAUUCCGCCGUCAGCCAAUCCUGCCUUCUCUGGAUUUCACUUGCCCUUCAUCGGGUUUACCUUCUCGCUGACCAGCAGCUCCACCUUGGACUCGAAGAAGAACCAGAGCUCGGGCUUCGGAGAUGAUACCUUGGACACCAUAAGCAGUCCCCAGUUGGCCAUUCUGCCGAGCAACAACUCGGAGACACCGGUGGACUCCGUUCAGCUGAAGGCACUAAACGAUCAGCUUGCGGCUUUGAAGCAGGAAAAGGCAGAGUUGUCAAAGCAACACAACGAGGUUUUCGAACGGCUCAAAACUCAAGACUCUGAACUUCAGGACGCCAUCUCUCAACGAAACAUCGCCAUGAUGGAGUACUCGGAGGUCACUGAGAAACUCUCGGAGCUGCGAAAUCAGAAGCAGAAGCUCUCCCGCCAAGUCAGGGACAAGGAGGAGGAGCUUGAUGGUGCCAUGCAGAAGAACGACAGCCUGCGGAACGAACUGAGAAAGUCGGACAAAACGCGAAGGGAAUUGGAGCUUCACAUUGAGGAUGCUGUCAUCGAGGCUGCCAAAGAAAAGAAGCUGCGGGAGCAUGCGGAGGACUGCUGCAGGCAGCUGCAGAUGGAGCUGCGGAAGGGCUCCUCGAGUGUGGAGACAACUAUGCCACUCAGCAUUUCCUCCGAGAUGUCGUCAUACGAGAUCGAACGCCUUGAACUCCAGUUCUCGGAAAAGCUAAGUCAUCAGCAGACGCGCCACAAUAUGGAGUUGGAAGCACUGCGCGAGCAGUUCAGCGAGCUAGAGAACGCGAAUUUGGCACUCACCAAGGAGUUGCAACAAACACAGGAAAGGCUGAAGUACACUCAAAUGGAGUCGAUUACCGAUUCCGCCGAAACGCUUUUGGAAUUGAAGAAGCAGCAUGAUUUGGAGAAAAGCUCAUGGUUCGAGGAAAAGCAGAGAUUAAGCUCCGAGGUGAAUCUCAAGUCAAAGAGUCUUAAAGAACUUCAAGCGGAGGACGACGAGAUCUUCAAGGAGUUGCGAAUGAAACGGGAGGCCAUCACCUUGUGGGAGCGGCAAAUGGCGGAGAUUAUUCAAUGGGUGUCCGAUGAGAAAGACGCGCGAGGCUACUUGCAGGCCUUGGCCACCAAAAUGACGGAGGAGUUGGAGUAUCUGAAGCAUGUGGGUACCUUCAACAACAACGGUGUGGACAAUAAGAACUGGAGGAACCGGCGCUCUCAGAAGCUGGACAAGAUGGAGCUGCUCAACCUGCAGAGCGCGCUGCAAAGGGAGAUUCAGGCCAAGAACAUGAUAUCGGAUGAGCUGAGUCAAACCAGAUCGGACCUCAUAUCCACACAGAAAGAGGUUCGAGACUACAAAAAGCGGUACGACUCCAUACUGCACGAUUUCCAGAAGAAGGAAACCGAACUGCGGGACUUGCAGAAGGGAGGCUUGGAAUACUCCGAGUCGUUCCUCAACAAAUCAACGCAUCAUGGGCUAAGCAGCGCCUUCUUCCGCGACAUGUCAAAGAACUCCGAGAUUAUAGAUUCUGCCGAGAGCUUUGGCAACGAAUCCGGCGACAAUUUCACUCCCAACUUCUUCCAGUCCGGCAAUUCGGGCAUGCUCUUCAACUACGAGCCAAAGUAUGCGGGUAAGAACAACAAGGAUCAUUCGUCCAUGAAAGAAGCCUCGGUCAGCGAUUUGUCCCGCGAGGAGAGUGACCAGCUGGUCAAGGAAUCUCAGAAGAAAGUGCCCGGCAACACGGCGAUCCAUCAGUUCCUGGUGCGCACAUUCAGUAGUCCCACAAAAUGCAAUCACUGCACAUCGCUGAUGGUGGGGCUCACACGACAAGGCGUUGUGUGCGAGAUCUGCGGAUUCGCCUGUCACACGAUCUGCUGCCAAAAGGUGCCCACCACGUGCCCCGUGCCCAUGGAUCAGACGAAACGGCCGCUGGGAAUCGAUCCCACCAGGGGAAUCGGCACGGCAUACGAGGGCUACGUAAAGGUCCCCAAGUCGGGGGUGAUUAAGCGAGGAUGGAUUCGGCAGUUCGUAGUUGUUUGCGACUUUAAGUUGUUCCUCUAUGACAUUUCGCCGGAUCGGUGUGCAUUGCCCAGCGUGAGCGUGUCCCAAGUGCUGGAUAUGAGGGAUCCCGAGUUCUCGGUGGGUAGUGUGCGCGAAAGCGAUGUCAUCCAUGCCGCCAAGAAAGAUGUGCCAUGUAUUUUCAAGAUAAAAACCGCCCUUAUCGAUGGCGGUCUUUCGCUGAACACCCUUAUGCUCGCCGACAACGAGUCGGAGAAGUCCAAGUGGGUCAUUGCCCUGGGAGAACUACAUCGAAUAUUGAAACGAAACAGCUUACCAAAUACUGCUAUAUUUAAAGUUAACGAGAUUCUGGACAAUACCCUGUCUUUAAUAAGAAACGCAUUGUGUUCUGUCAUCAUAUAUCCAAAUCAAAUACUCUUGGGCACCGAAGACGGCCUGUUCUACAUUAAUCUGGACCAGUACGAGAUCGCUCGUAUUGGCGAAAGCAAGAAGAUUCUUCAGCUAUGGUACAUUGAAGAGGAGCAGAUCCUCGUCAUUCUCUGCGGAAAGCAGCGCAACUUGCGUUUAUUACCUAUAAGGGCAUUAGAGGCUAGUGAUGUCGAGUGGAUCAAGGUGGUCGAAUCGAAGAACUGCAUAUCUGCUUGCACUGGAAUAAUCCGCCGCUUCCCCAAUAUCGUUUACUCAUUUAUCAUCGCUCUAAAGCGGCCGAAUAACCACACACAAAUCGUAGUUUACGAAAUCAAUAGAACGCGCACAAGACACCAGAAGACUUGCGAAUUCACAAUUGGCUACAUGGCGCAGCACCUGCAGAUUCUGUCCGACAUGCGAUUGGUUGUGGCUCACCAAAGCGGAUUUACCGCAUACUUUCUGCGCGGAGAAGCAACUGCAAUGUCUUUGGUUCAUCCGGAGAACCAGUUAUGUGCAUUUUUGAACUACUCCGGAGUGGAUGCGGUCAGGGUCAUUGAAAUUCUGUGCCCCAGCGGCGGCAAUUUCGGGGAGUACUUACUGGUGUUCCAGACUCUGGCCAUAUACGUAGACCUGCAAGGGCGAAAGUCUCGGGAUAGGGAAAUUAUGUAUCCAGCCUUCCCUACGUAUAUAACCUUUUGUGAUGGUCACUUGCUGGUGUUUUCGGAUACACAUUUGGAUAUAUUCAAUACGCAGACUGCCGAAUGGGUGCAGUCGAUUGGAUUGAAGCAAUCACUUCCCUUAAACAAUUUGGGAAACGUGGUGCUGUCCUCAGUCAAUGACACUCCGCUGAUUGUUUACCUAUCCAAUAUUCACACAAAGGGCCUUUUGCAAUACCGUGACGGAAAUCGAAAGGGACUUCCGAGCAUAAAGCGGAGAUUCUCUAUCAGGGAGAUAAACAAGACCAUCAAAAGUGAUCGUAGAUCAAAGAUGAUAUCAGCACCGACUAAUUUCAACCACAUUUCUCACAUGGGGCCAGGGGAUGGCAUUCAAAAUCAACGACUCCUAGACUUACCAACCACGCUCGAAACAGCCGAUCAAGCCUGCAGUCCAAUAAUACAUUCGCUGAGUUGCAUACCCCAGAGUAGAAAAUCCAAUUUUCUAGAACAAGUGGAUGCAAACUCCGAUGACUAUGGCAAUGACAACAUUAUCUCCAGAACGCCCAGUCCAAUGGCAUCGUCCUUCAUGGACGGCUUAAGCAAUAAUGAUUAACUUCAGUCAAUCUCUACACGUGUAAUUUAAUCGAUUUUUUAAGAUAACUGUUUGUAAUAAACAUAUUUAAUUUCUCGAAUAUC